UCUCAACCAUCCUUCAACACUCACCUGAUAUAUCGCGCGACUCGACCCGCUUUUGCUUCCUUCGUCUUAUUUAGUUGUAGUAUGGCGUCCGCUGUGGGAACGAUUCGAAUCGGCUAUGUGCCUGAACACUACCUCACCCCCCUCCACCUCGCCCUCCGCUCCCCAUCCCUCCAAUCCCUCCCGUUCAAGAUCUCCCUGACGCCCUUCCCGUCCGGCACGGGCCACAUGAUCACGUCGCUCCGCGACAGGGAGAUCGAUAUCGGGAUCGGUCUGACGGAGGGAUGGAUCGCAGGGCUGGCGGGCAAGCAGCAGGCGCAGAAGGAUGCUGCGGCCGGCGGGUAUAAGGUUGUGGGCCAUUGGGUUGAUACGCCUUUGCGCUGGGCGAUUGUUACUGGGCGCGGCCGGGAUGAGAUUCGGGAUGUUGCUGAUUUGGAGGGGAGGAGGGUGGGGGUUAGUCGGCUUGGGAGCGGCUCCCACAUCAUGUCCUUCGUCCUCGCGCAGCAACAAGGCUGGAAAUCUGACUCCCUGACCACCGUCCCGCUGGGUCCAUUCGGGGCCCUCCGCGACGGAGUCACCGGCCAGGGCGCAUCAGAAGCAGGGUCUCCAACAGCCGAGUUCUUCAUGUGGGAACACUUCACCACCAAGCCGUUCUUCCAUCCUAUUCCUGGGAAGCCCGAACCGCCGCUGAAGAAAAUAGGCGAGAUCUACACGCCCUGGCCGUCGUGGAUGAUCGUCGCGUCGACGGAGGUCUUCCCGCAGCCGGUGCAGGAUGAAACACUGCAAAAGCUGUUUGCCUUGCUCGAUCAGGGCAUUGAGGAUUUCCGUGCGGACCCGGCGCAGGCGGUGAAAUUGUUGGGGACAGGGGAGUUGGGGUGUACGUAUGGGGAGGAGGAUGCGAGGGAGUGGUUGAAGGAUGUGAGGUUUGUGUCUCGGGGGACGAGGGGUGUGGAGAGGGGGGUUGUGGAUGGGGUGGUGGAUGUGCUGAAGGUUGCUGGGGUUAUUGAUUCUGGUAUGAGCAAUGAUGAGGCUUCGGAGAGGGUGGUUGGGAUUCCGCGGUAG